AUGCUGGCCUGUGUGGCCUUGCUGAGUGCGGUAGCGGUUCUUGCGUCAGAGUCCGACCAAGCGGCUUUUGAGGCCUUUGUUGAGAAAUAUGGACGUGGUUAUGUGCGCGGCAGUGCUUCAUACCUGGAACGCUUCAAGUUGUUCCAAAGCCGAGCUGACGAGGUGCGGCGCUUGAAUGCGGAUCCCACCAGGCGCUGGACGGCAGGAGUUGGGCCUUUGGCAGACUACACUGAAGAGGAGCUGGCGCAACUCCGUGGCUGGCGCGGCAUGGCAGCCGCGAGUGAUGCCGGGACUGCGUUGCUUCAGGUCAAUAGCUUGCCUGAGGAAUUCUGA